CCGUGCCGGAGUUUUACUCUAGGAGGAAGCAGUUCGACGGGCAAUCCUCCACCCGACUGGACCAAUGUGGACUACGAUUAGGAAUGUGGUACUGGAAAGAUGAAACCAAAACUCUGGAAUUUAGAAGUACCGGAGCGUGAGCCCAGGGCUUUGCACAUGCCAGCAAGCAUCUUCCGCUAGGCUACAUCCCAGCAAGCAUUUACUUUCUAUAGAAUACACUUAUUUCAGCAUCUCCAAAGCAGUCCUUUCACUCCUGCUUGUUUGUCUCUACUGAGACGUCACAACGAUCCUGGCCAGUAGCUCCUGCAGCAUCAUCCUCAUUUCACGCCUGCAGUGGAGCUCAAGGAGCGAGGCAAGAAAGGGAAGGCAGUUCACUUCGCUGAGAUGGAUGGUCCGGCUUCAGAAAGGUUGACAGAUAAAAGGUUUGCCUCAAGGGACGAAAAGUCAGCGAAAGCCCUGGAGAAACGGUAUCAGCUGGGCAACAUCACGCUGGAUGACGUCAAGUUUGUUGCAUUGCUUUCCCUCCAAGACACUGAAAUGCAGCGGGUCUGCUCUUUUACAACGUUUAUGAGAAAUAAGAACCUUGACAGCUUCCUUAUGGCGCUUUUGUACUAUCUGUCUCAUUACUUGGAGAAACUCUCAAUGGAAAAGAAACCCCAAAGCUACAUGGUAGGCCUGGUAGAGAAAAAAGAGAUAGAGCUGGUUAUGAGCAAGUUAGAAGAUGCGCAGAAGUACCUGGCACAGAAGUACUGCAUCCUCGUGCUGGGCGUCGGCAUGGCGGAUAAGCAUCACAUGAACUGUGGAAAGGAUAAAGUCUCAGACACGCAAAAAGACUGGAAAUUCUUUGAGUCCUUUUAUACUUUCUGUACAUACAUAGCUUGGAUUGUGUUCCGACGUCAGUACCUGACAGAGAUUGAGGAAGAAGUAGGGAGGCUUUUUCGUACCAAUAUGUUCAACAUUCCCCGAAGGAAACGCGAGGAUGAAGAAUCAGGAGGAGAGAAGAAGCGCAUGACAUUGGUACAGUUUCGGAAAAUGAUGGCAAAACGUCCAGCAAUUAAAAAGGCUGUGGACAUGCGCUCCCCAGUCUUGUCUACACUGCUGCCAUCUCUCAGAGAAAAAGCUCAACAUAUCGUUGAAAAAAAGUAUGUGGCAGGCAUCAAACUGCCACCCCGAAUGCAGAAGGGCACAACAAGUCUGGAGUCUGUGGCCAUGCCCGUAGUUGGCAUCUUGGGGGAGCCUCGACAUCUGUUCAACCCUCAUACUCUCCUGCCCCUUGAAUCAGAAGAAAAUGGGAAACAGAGUGGAAGGAAUUCCUUCGUGAUAGAGAGGAAUAACGCAAUGAUUGAGGACACGCUGGACUUGGUCAUGACAACCCUAUCGUCACAAAACACCUUCCCUAAAUAAUCCAGUGUGUUCCCGUUCUUUAUUCAGGUCCCUAUAUUUGAAGUAAACUACUUUGACUUAACACUUUCUAUAGGAUUAGUAUUUGUUGUCCUAAAGUAGCUCAUUAGCAUGCUCAGGACUCCUUGGCUCAAGUUGUUCUUUUCAUGACUACUCA